AUCUUUCCCAUGGAGGGAAUAAUGUGAACCACAAGUUAGAAACCAGAGAAAAAAAAAAAAACAUCAUAUUUCCAACCAACUUUUCAUAAUCACAGUUCCAGAAAAAACGGCAAUGGCUAUCUCAUGCUGUUCUUCUUCUUCAUCUUUUACUCUUCUAAAAACCGUUCAAUGUCCAAACGAACCCUUCACUUUUCAUCCUUCUCUCUCUGUUUUCUUGCCAAAAUCACCUCUUUCAUUAUCAAACCCAAACACGAAAACGACCCAUGUCUCCGUUGAAGGUGCUCAGCCUUGCAGAUGGAGAACGAGGGUUUCGUUCUUCCCAGAUUUCCUGACCAAAGGUAAAGACGUUAAGAGCCUCAAGGAAGAGCUUGUAACAGCAAUUGCACCUCUUGAUCGUGGUGCUGAGGCUAUCCCUGAGGAUCAACAGCGUGUUGAUCAGGUAUGGGAGAAUUGGGAUUUCCUCUUUUUGUUUGUUUAACCGAAUUCUGGAGUUCAACAUGAUAAUUUCCUUGGUUCUGGCAUUUCAUCGAACGGAUUGCGCGCAAACUUGAGGCGGUAAAUGAGAUAAAGGAGCCUCUCAAGUCUAAUUUGCUGAAUGGAAAAUGGGAGCUUAUAUACACAACAUCUCAAUCAAUUCUAAAAACCAAGAGGCCGAAAUUCUUGAGACCAAACGGAAAAAUAUACCAGGCAAUCAAUAUAGAUACUCUCAGGGCUCAAAAUUUGGAAACUUGGCCAUUUUUUAAUCAGGUUACAGCAAAUUUAGUGCCUCUAAAUGCAAGAAGGGUGGCUGUUAAAUUUGACUAUUUCAGAAUUGCUGGUCUGAUACCAAUUAAGUCUCCAGGAAGUGGGCGUGGACAGUUGGAAAUUACAUACUUGGAUGAGGAGAUAAGAAUAUCAAGGGGUGAUAGAGGGAACUUGUUCAUUCUGAAGAUGGUAGAUCCAUCUUAUCGAGUCCCUCUCUAGAGCAGCUGCAACAAAGGACAGCAAAACCUUGUUGAGAUGUUCAUCAAUGGGUUUUCAAAUUGUAGACUUCAGAAAAAAGGACUUGUUUCUUGAUAAACUCCAGCAAGUAAGAAGCUACUUAAAUGAAGCUUUGAUCAUCCGGUUUUCAAUUUUUUUUUUUUUACUAAACUAUUUUGAAAUCAAGUUACAUUGAUCCAUAAAGAAGGUUCUCUCAUUGAUUAUUUUUCUAUUCAUAAGGUUUAAAAUCGAAAUCUUAUUUAAGGAUAAUUAAACUUCUUUGACUUCGACUAAUAAAUUGUUAGUAUCAUC